AUGGUGUCCUUCACAAGUUCUGCAAUUAAUAAGUCCGGAAAGAAAUUUGCUCCCAAAGCAGCCCCUCGUCGCGCUCCUGCGGCAGCUGCAAGAGCCGGUGUUAGCGAUCGUAGGCCCUCCGCUACACCUGGGCUUGAGGCACAAAAAGCGCAUGCCCCACCUGCUGCUAUCACCAGCGCGGAUACGCCUCAAUCAGCACAAGUAACAGAAGGACCACGUAUAGAAGAUGCAAUUGAUAGCAGCGCAGUUGCGGCUGCUUCCCCUCAACCAGUUACAUCGCUAUCUGCUGCUACAGAGACUGUCCAGCCUGUCGCACCUCAAGAAGGACCCAUCGCGUCCAAGGAAACGCCCGUGCCAAUACAAGUACCAGUACAGUCGAGACAUGAAAGACGAAAUGAUGUAGCUGAUACACAACUGCUGGACGUUCAUCGCGCUGGUAUUAGCAAUGAAACAAACAUAUUCAUGCCUCCGGUAGAAGCUUCGAUACGAGCGCUCGCGCAAGUGACGGAGACCACACCUAUUCCUACACCAAUCACACGGCCUACAACCCGUACUGUCGAAACUCGCGAAUCAAUAAACAGGAAUGAGUGUACUACCGAGUCGAUCACUGUAACGGCUACAAGCGAAGAAUCUACACCUGGGGCAGGAGCUGCUUCGUCCACUACCCCUAAGCCCAGCGCAUCUCAGAAUAAAAGAGGCAAAAGCACAACAUCUGAUUCUGCCACAGGCACAGACGCUUCAAAACCUAAAAAACCUCGAGGAAAGCGAAAACGAGAGCCAACUCCUGAGGAAUCAGAGAAUAUUGAAAUCACACCGACAGUGGUGAAGAUGUCGGAUUUAUGCAAGGAUCUCAGAACUGGCAAAAAGUCCAGACGAGAAAUGGAGUUGCGGAAUCUUGAACAAGUCGAAGCGGAACGAAAAGAGAAAGCCAGAGAGAAGGCUCGCAAUACACCUGUCAAGACGGAUGCAGAGAAUGGAUCAUCAGCAAACGGCGGUACCAAUACAACCCCCACAAAGCCGACACAGAGCGGUCCACGGAUGAGAAUUGUAAAUGGUGAAAUUGUGGUCGAUAGUGCUUCUCUGCAGAUUGAUCAACAUGCCGAGGCGCGUGAAAUUGGUGAAGGAGAAGACGUCGUUGAAAGUCGACUCAACAGAAAGAUCAACCAGGCCACAUACGGCAAACGGACCAAAGCGGAGUCAUGGGACGAAGAAUUGACCGAUUUAUUUUACAGAGGCUUGAGAAUGUUUGGCACCGAUUUCUCGCUUAUCAGCAAAAUGUUCCCAGGACGAUCCCGACGUCAGAUCAAGUUGAAAUUCAACAAUGAAGAGCGCAAAGACCCCGAGCGAAUCAAACAGACACUUCUGGGACCUUCUGAAGCCGUUGAUAUUCAGACUUACUCGGAAUUGACUAAUACGGUCUACGAAGAUGUGGAGGUUAUACAGAGGGAACUCGAUGAAGAUAAGAAGAGAAUCGAGGAGCAACACGAUAGAGAGAAGCGACAGCAGGAUGAAUUGAUGCGCAAUCCAAGUGGCAUUACGAAUGAUGGUGUCGUUUCUAGUAUUGAGAAUAAUUCCGUCAAGAAGAGACGUUCUAUAUCAAAGGCGUAAUCUACUGACGCAGUUUCUGGGGACGGAAUGUUGAAGCAGUCACGAUAA